AUGUUGGGUAGGGGGUGUGAUUGCCAAGGAAAUGGUUCGAGGGACAGCGAAGCACAGAGGGUUCGCCCACAUGAGAAAGGUUAUUGCGGUCGACAACACUCAUUUAUACGGCAAACCAGAUUUUGCUUUAUCUCCGAUAGGCAUAAGAGUAUCGCCAACGACAUCGCGAAGGUAUACAAUCAUGCUCAUCACGAGUACUGCACGAGGCACCUGGAUGAAAAUCUCCAGGUAAAUCACCACUCCGAAGAACAACUCUAUCUAUUCUACAAUGCGGCAAAGGUAUAUUAUCUCGAGGAGUUUAGCAACCAUUUUGUGGAAUUCAAGAACUACUGUCCCGAGGUAGCCUUUUUCCUCAAGCAUGAUCUUGGUUUUGAGAAAUGGAGCAGGGCAUAUUUCCCUAGCAAUAGGUUUAACGUGAUGACCACAAAUAUUACCGAGUCAGUGAACGCUAUGUUGAUUGCCGAAAGGGAGUACCCCAUGGCAUCCAUAUUCAAUUCGAUCACCAAGAGGUUUGGUGAAAUAUUCAGGGAGAGGCGUGCCUACAUCCUCAAAUAUAAGGAUAACAAAUUUGUGCCCGCCGUCGAAAAUAUCUUAAGAGACAAUAUAAGCGAGGGCGACUCCUUCUAUGUGGAUAAAGUAAGCUGGGACAAAAGGCAAUUCACUGUGUUCGGAAGUAGUUGUAUGGCCAAAGUCGACCUACUGGAAAGGUCGCGUUCUUGCAAGAAGUUUGACCUGGUCAAAAUACCAUGCGAACACACGAUGGCCGCUUUACGAUUGAAGGACGGUGAAGAUUUUGGUUUGAGAGUCUAUGAUUACUCUUCGCCCAUGUAUAAAGUGGAAGAGUACCUCCUUGCAUAUUCAGAAUCAAUUAAUGUUGUCCCUUUGAAGUCCUAA